UUUCCCGUACAGGUUGUAAUGUAGUCCCCGCGCAUUAUCACAACUACGCACAGAGACAGUGUGUGCGUGUGGUACGAACGAAUUCCAGUAGUUCGCGAACGAAACGCGUACAACAGGAAGCCUAUUUUCUCGGUGUAAACCCAAUCGAUUGCAGUGAUACAGAGGGAAGACUCAAAGCCAGCACAACGAUGAGUUGCCUCGGGGAUUGCCUCGAGUUGGGGCCACCGCCCGAUAUGAUAUUGUCGAUGCCACCGCCACCGUUGUCCUCGUUUCUAUUGCCCCGGAACGCACUGGUGGCCACCAAACCGAAUGGCAACAGCAACAACAGUUUGCUGUGCAGUGCAGCCUUCAUCUGUGAACCGUCCCUGAAAGCGAACGAACAGUCCGGGAUGGAGUUUGUGGAGUUGCCCGGAAAUGGAAUGGACGAUACUUGGGUGCUGGUGCUGAUCUCAUCCUGCGUUGGAGUUCUGCUGCUUGGGGCUCUAUUGGCCAUGGUGGUGCUCAAAUGUCGCGAUCGGUUCUGCUUCCGUUGCAGCUCGUUCAGCUACUCGUACCACGAUAGCAACUUGAAGCAACCGCCACUGCACACGCUCGGCCAUGAACCAUCCACCGCAAAGGCGGCAGUAUUUAUGCCCGGUGGUACAAUUCUCUAUCCGACCAAUCACUUGCACCAUCACCAUCAGCAACCACCGCAUCCGGACAACCGUACACUGUGGGCCGCACUGACACCGCACGGAACGCAGCAUUUCAUCACCGAAUCGUACGGUGGCAAUCCCGAGGAUCACUACGAAGUGAUCGACUACGGGCGUAAGCAUGAGCAGUACAUUCCCUCCGCACACGGCACAAUCGUGAAGAGCAAGAACUCGUUCGAGAAUUCCGGGUUUGUUGACUACGAUUACGAGGAUCCGACACCGCUGAUGGAAUCGUACGCACACUUCGACGAUAUGGACUCGGGCUAUCAGGAACCGCAGGAAAUGCUGGGAUCGCUGAACCGUGCCGCCACAGCAAACCGUACCGCCACACUCAUAUCAUCGCCGACACACAUCGAGAACCCCAAUAUGGCACCGCUCAACCUCUAUCCCACCAUGCUGAGCUCGACGAUGGGUCGCAAGAUGCACGGUAACACCGGUCCGGCCGGUGGAUCCUUGUCGCGACGCAUCAGCGACAUUAAGAACUGAGGUGGAAGUAGAAACCGUGGCAGGAAUUGACCAUCGUAGCAAGAUGGCGGCUGAGUGAGAAUGGAAACGAACGCAUUCCUAACUGACGACAUCCUUCCUAUAUAGUACUUGUGGAGGGGACCUGAAAACCACUCCGAUCACUACUUUGGUGUGACGCAAUCGAAUCGAAUUGAUGUGGUGAGAAGUAUGUUCCUGUAAGAUGGUAGAACAGUGAAAUGAUUUAUUGACUACACAGCACGGAGCAGCAGCAGCGGAGGAGGACGCCGAAGAAAAGCAUCUUCAUUUACGUACCAGAUCGCUUAACUACGUAUUACCACGCAUCUAACUAUAAUAACUAUAACGCAUACCACAAUGCAAACGCUACUCGUUAUAAGAACACUCUUCCCCCUUUUUCCCAGCCCUGCAUCAACCACAGUUUAAACCAGGCACUGCAAAAGAAAAGGAAGCGGACAAAACCGUGUCCGGAAAUAGAUAACGCCAGUAUUUGCUUUCCGCCUGCAAACGAAAGUGAAAUCAGUAGAAAUUUGGCGUUCGCAUUAAGGGAUGGCGAGUGCGGAAAGUGGUAGACAUUAAUCCUGUCCAGUGACGUGACAUUUUGGUGGGAAUUUUAAAAAGCAAGACAACAAUAAAUAUACUACUCUAGA